GCCAUUUAUUCAGUGAAAAAGGCUCUCCACUGUAUAUAUAAAUAUAAUUAUCCCUGUCCCUGCCAUUAACAACCUUCAGUGGCGAGUGUACUUUAUUCUUACAAUUAGCUCACUGUAUCGCCCACUUCGUCUUCAUUUUCGAGUUGGUGAUCUAAAUUCAUCCAAUCAAGGUGACAUGGCAACCGCAGCGGCACAGCUCCGGUGCUCUGUUUUCGCCAAGCAAUACUCAUCCAGUUCUUCCCGUUUAUCCAAUCCUAGCUGCCCAUCUGUCACUUUCCCAUUCUCCAAUCCCCAAAACCCUUCAAUCCGUCUCCUCCCUCAUCUCAAAUUAACCAAUCCGGAACUCUCUCACGGCGGAGGCGGAAACGGCAGUAAUGGAAUCGGCCGCGGCUAUAGCGGAGGAGGAGGAGGUGAUGGCGGAAGCGGAGAUUCCAGUUUUAAUAAUUCUCCGUCGUCAGGAGGAGGAGGCGGAGCAUUUGGGAUUCUAGGUCUUUUCUUGAACGGAUGGCGAUCAAGAGUCGCCGCAGAUCCGCAGUUUCCGUUCAAGGUUUUAAUGGAAGAAUUAGUUGGUGUAACCGCUUGUGUGCUCGGCGACAUGGCUUCCCGCCCUAAUUUCGGAUUAAACGAGCUAGAUUUCGUUUUCUCAACGCUAGUCGUCGGUUCAAUUUUGAAUUUCACUCUCAUGUAUCUCUUAGCACCAACCGCCGCCGCUAACAGCGUCGCCGCUUCACUCCCUUCAAUAUUCGCUAAUUGUCCCGCCAGUCACAUGUUCGAGCCGGGCAAUUUUUCUCUGAUGAACAGACUCGGCACCGCCGUGUAUAAGGGUACCAUCUUCGCCGCCGUUGGAUUCGCCGCCGGACUAGUCGGAACCUCACUCUCAAAUAGGUUGAUCGCAAUGAGGAAGAAAAUGGAUCCGACAUUUGAAACGCCAAACAAGGCGCCGCCGACGUUGCUAAAUUCGGUGACGUGGGCGUUGCAUAUGGGGAUUAGCAGUAAUUUGAGAUAUCAGACACUUAAUGGGCUGGAGUUUGUUCUUGAGAAAGGGCUGCCGCCGUUGGCUUUUAAGAGCUCGGUGGUGUUUUUGAGAUGCUUGAAUAAUGUUGUUGGUGGGAUGUCGUUUGUUAUAUUGGCGAGGCUGACUGGUUCGCAGAGUGUGGCGGAGGCUAAGGGUAGUAGUGCUGAUUUAUUGGCGGCGGAGAAGGAGAGGCUGGUGGUGGAGGAUGGAGAGGAGUUGCAGAGCAAUAAUCAGUCGACUUUCAAGUGAUUUUCUUAAACAUCCUUAACUUUUUUUUAUAUGUAAAUUUAAUAAAAAUGAGAUGAUGUUCUAAUCUUGUUUAGGAUGUUGUUUUUUAGUUUUUAGGUGUUUUUAUUUACGAUCAUUUCAAUUAUGAAAGCCUUUUGAUUUGAGUCUA